CCCAACUUUUCUACUUCCGCCCUUUCCCGACUGGCGGGCGCGGAGGCUUUGCGCCUGAGGUGAGGACGUUUUAGGUCUGGACAUCCAGCUUGAAAGGGUAGGCUUGUGCCCCGGGUCAAGGAACAGCAAGUCCCGGAAACCCCUCCUGCCCCAACGUGGGACUCCCACCGCCUGUCUCCGAGCCCUCUCCGAGCCCGGCCAGUGGGUAAACCUGGGAAAGGUGAAUGGGGGCGGGCUCCGGGCCCGUAGGCCUAAGUCUCAGCAUCUCUGAAACAAAGCAGCUCUUUUGUGGCAGAAAGGUGGGGACAAGAGUCCCAUCUCAGAGGGGCCACCCUCAUCAGAGCUUCAGAACAGAUGCAGAAAAACCCAGAAAGGAGCAGGUUGUGAUUCGCUCCAAGGUGAUUAAGAACUAGAUCUUAAUCACCUUGCCUAGAGAGAGCCAGACUUGGUGAUGUCACCACAUCCAGAAUCCGUCACAGACUGUGUGACCAUGGAAACUGUGGAUCAGCUUGCAGAAGGUGAUUCUGAGCUACUGUCACGCCGUGUUCAUAACUCGUGGCAUCUAGAGCUUAUUCUUCACAGUUCUUUGCAUUCUCUCAGGAGCAGCAGAAAAUGAACAUAUCUCAGGCAUCAGUGUCAUUCAAGGACGUAACUGUCGAACUCACCCAGGAGGAGUGGCAGCAAAUGGGUCCUAUUCAGAAAACCCUCUACAGAGAUGUGAUGCUAGAGAACUACAACAACCUAGUCUCAGUGGGGAACUGCAUUUUCAAACCAGAGGUGAUCUUCAAAUUGGAGCAAGGAGGAGAGCCUUGGUUCUUAGAGGAAGAAUUCUCAAACCAGAGCCAUAAAGAAGACUACAGAGAUGAAAAUCUAAUCAAGAGGAACAAAAAAAUCAAAGACAAACACCUGCAGCAAGUAACAUUUAUAAAUAAUAAACAGUUGCCUAGAGAGGAAGAAGAAGUUUUGAGAAAACCAUUUAAUCUGCACAUAGUUCCUGUUUCUUCAUCAAAAAUGUCCUGUAAAUGUGACUCAUGCGGAGUGAAUUCGCAAAGUAUUUCUCAAUUUAUCAUUAAUAGUAGAACCUACUCAACAAAAAAAACAGAUUGUUAUAAGGUACAUGAAAAUUUGCCUUUCAAAAUUAAGCUUGAAAGAACUCAUACUGGAGAGAAAUUUUAUGAAUAUAAUAAAAAUCAGGAAACCCUCAGUUAUAAGGAAAAUCUUCCUGAACAUCAAAAGUGUCAAACAUUGAAGCAAGCUUUUGAAUUUAAUGGGAUUGGAAAAGCCUUUUAUGUUGAGGCUGGAUGUGUUAAACAUAAGAAUACUCAUACAGGACAACAAUCCUGUAAAGAUGGAGAGUUUAGGAAAAACUAUGACAAGACAACUCUCUUUGACCACGAAAGAACUGGGACAGGGGAGAAACACUCUCAUCUUAACCAGUGUGGGAAAUCCUUCUGUGAGAAGUCAGCUAUCAAGGAAUACAAUAAAUUUAACAUGACUGUGAAACACUGUGAAUGUAUUACAAGUGGGAAUAAUUUCAGCAGGAAGUCAUACUUUACUCAACCUCAGAGAACUCUCACAGAAGAGAAUCCAUUGGUAUGUAAUGACAGAACACAAACUGGAGAUACACACUUUGAAUGUCAUGAAAAUAGGAAGUCUUACCAGAAAGCCCACAAAGUACGCCAGAGAACUCACUAUGAAGUAAAACCCUAUAAAUGUAAUGAAUGUGGGAAAUCCUUCUGUCAAAAAGGACAUCUCAUUCAACAUCAGAGAACUCACACAGGAGAGAAACCAUUUGAAUGUAAUGAAUGUGGAAAAACUUUCUCCCAGAAGUCACACCUCAGUACACAUCAGAGAAUUCACACAGCAGAGAAACCCUAUAAAUGUAAUGACUGUGGGAAAACAUUUGUCCAGAAGUCAACCCUCAGGGGACAUCAGAGAAUUCACACAGGAGAGAAACCCUAUGAAUGUUGUGAUUGUGGAAAAUCUUUUGUUCAAAAGUCAACCCUCAGAGAUCAUCACAGAAUUCACACAGGGGAGAAAUCCUUUCAAUGUAACGAAUGUGGGAAAACUUUUGGCCAGAAGUCAAACCUCAGAAUACAUCAGAGAACUCACAGUGGUGAGAAAACUUAUCACUGUAAAGAAUGUGAAAAAUCCUUCUGGCGAAAAGACCAUCUCAUUCAACAUCAGAAAACACACACAGGAGAGAAACCAUUUGAAUGUAAUGAGUGUGGGAAAACUUUUGCCCGGACAUCAACCCUCAGAGUUCAUCAGAGAAUUCACACUGGGGAAAAACCAUUUAAAUGUAAUGAAUGUGGGAAAAAAUUUGUCCGGAAGGCAAUCCUUAGUGAUCAUCAGAGAAUUCAUACAGGGGAGAAACCCUUUCAGUGUAAUAAAUGUGGGAAAACUUUUGGUCAGAAAUCAAACCUUAGAAUACAUCAGAGAGCUCACAGUGGGGAGAAAUCUUAUGAAUGUAAUAAUAUGGAAACUUGCCUAAGAAGUCAACCCUAAGUGUAUACCAGAGAAUUCAGGGAGGGGGGGAAAUCAAAUUGAUAUAAUAACUGUGGAAAAUUCUUCUGACUAAGAGACCAACCUAUUUGACAUCAGAAAAUUCACAAAGGAGAAAAACCAUAUAAGUCUGAAUAUAGGAAGAAUUUUGCCCAAAAGGCAACUCUGAGAGUGUAUCAGAGAAUUCACACAGGAUUUCUUUCAAGGUGCUCUGGAAACCCUGUUGGAUGGAGUCAUGCCUUGUUAGAUAACUCAUAUCACAUGUGCUGGUAAUCUUCUCAUUAGUAAGAAUUUGAUAGCUAAACUAAAUUUCCCUAUCUCCCUUUCAUCUAAGUGGGGCUUUGUGACUGGCUAGUAGACUGAGAAUGCUCAUGUUGUAUGCCACACCUAGUUCUGACUUCCCUGGUCCCAGCAGUAUCUCAGUCAUACAUGGAAUAGUAGCAACUAUCCCUUAGAGAGGAAAUGUAUCCCCCACUUUGCUGCCUGAAGCAAAGCUGCUGGCUCAGUAGGACCCUCAACUCAUAAGUACUCUAAUUGGGCCUGUUUCACUGAUGGUUUUGCUAGUUGAAACCACUUGGACACUGUGACUGUUCAACCUCAGUGCCAUUAUGCAGACCACAAAGCUAAUGUGGCCGCUCCUGUCACUGGGCAGAACACAAAGAUGUUCUCAACUCUAGCCAGUAUUCCCUCUGAUGAAACUUGGUGCGUUUUCAUUGAUUCUUGGGUUCUUACUGUACCUAGCUAUCUGACGUGCCUGUUGUAAAACUAUAGGCAUAUAAAAGCACCCCUGUUUGGUGCUGUGAACUGUGGGGGGAAAAUCACAGCUGCUGAGCACAACGUCUGGGUUUUUCAACUAGAUUCACAUGGUAAAGAGACUAUUCUCUGAUAAGACUGACUGGAAUCAAGUUGCUGAUCAAGCCCCCACUACCCUGAUUGCCAGCAUUGCUACCUGAAUCCACAUCAUACUGAUGGCAAAACAUUUACCAUUUUACCCUGGAUACAAAGUAAAGGUCUGUAUAUAUCCAAUGUUUCCUUUGGUGUCAUUUGAUACAAGAAUGUAGUUUUUUUCUUCUGGAUUAGUAGCCAGUGCUCCAUAUGCCAUUUGAUUCAUCCCUUUCCUACUGAUUUUAAAUAUCUUCAUAUACUAACUUGUCAUUUGUAAACAUAUUGCAUAUGACUGACUACUCAUGACCAUAUUAGUAACAGAUUCUCCUUUUAUGAACAGGGAUGGCACAUACCUCAUAUUAGCCAAAAAUACCCUGUCUUUCUGGCCUGAUACUGAAUGUUUCACUGAAGGGUAUUUGAAUCAAGUUUAGAAAAGGAGAAUACCUCCUAGGACUUUGGAAAUGAAACAUCACAGACCAGUUACAUUGUUACUCCAGAGCUGCCAGCAGCAUUGUGAAGAAGAUUCAACUGCGAUAAGAGAAAAUAAUGUCCAGUUAGUACUAUAUUCCCUGAAAAUCAAGAGAUUACUGUUUACUCUGUUUUUAUAAUUGUUGGUAAUAUAAAGACAGUCAUUCUUUCAUAAAAUUUCUGUUUCUUAAGAUGCGUAGAAUCAUCUCCUUUACACCCCCUUUCGUAUAUCAUCUUUUAGGAUUAUGAUUGGAUUUGCUAUUAAGUGCAGGACUAUCUACCCUCCAAGAUGGAACCAAUUCACCCAAGUGGCCUGAAUGGGAGGCCAGGUGACAAAGUCCCCUGAUGGCACUUAGGCUGUAUCUGCUGUCUCCUUGGUGGGGAAGCCUCUCCAGAUAAUACAUUAUCAACUGGAGACCAUGGUCUAUGCUGUAG